UAUCUUUUCCAGAUCAAAUUUUCACCAGUAGCUAAAAAGUUAUUUGUAGUAACUGCAGUGAGUGCUGUAUCUGUAAUUUUUUUGGCCCAUCACUUUAAAAGAAGACGUGGAAAGAAGAAAGGAAAAAUAUUACCAUGGGAACCAGAGCACCUCAUACUUGAAUACACUAAAAGAGCAGCAUCAGACAAAGGUUCAAGUUGUUCCAGUAGCAGACAGAAUUUGACAUUAUCUUUAAGUUCUGCCAAAGACAAAGGAUCUCAGUGUUGUAACUAUGCUAAUGGAGGACUCUUCAGUAAAUACUCAGGUUCUGCACAGAGUUUAGCCUCUGUCCAGAGUGUCAAUUCUUGUCAUAGCUGUGCUUGCGGCAAUUCUAACUCCUGGGACAAAGCAGAUGAGGAUGAUAUUAAACUUGUUAAUAUUCCUGUGACCACUCCUGAGAACUUAUACUUGAUGGGCAUGGAAUUGUUUGAAGAGGCAUUGCGUCGAUGGGAACAAGCUCUAACCUUUCGAAAUAGACAGGCUGAAGAUGAAGCCUGUGGUUCCAUUAAAUUGGGUGCAGGAGAUGCCAUUGCAGAAGAAAGUGUAGAUGAUAUUAUUAGUACUGAAUUUAUCCAUAAACUUGAAGCUCUGCUGCAGAGAGCCUAUCGUCUCCAGGAGGAAUUUGAAGCCACCCUGGGAGCAGCUGAUCCUAAUUCCCUUGCUAAUGAUAUUGAUAAAGAUACAGAUAUCACCAUGAAGGGGAACGUGGAUGACUUUGGCCUGCGGGACACCUUGAGUGUUGCAUCAACCGAUUCUUUUGCUUCAGCAGCAGAGCUUGCAGAACACAGAGAAGUGCGGCAUGCCUACAGUCUGGAGUCUCUUUGCCACUGCCCUUUUUACGAGGAAGCCAUGCAUUUAGUUGAAGAAGGAAAAAUUCACUCAAGAGUGCUUAGAACUGAAAUGUUGGAGUGCCUAGGAGACAGCGAUUUUCUUGCCAAACUUCACUGUAUUCGACAGGCUUUUCAGGUAAUUCUUUCAGAAACAGCCAACAGGAUAUUCCUUGCUGAAAGUGGAAGGAAAAUUUUAUCAGCAUUAAUUGUGAGAGCACGAAAGAAUCCGAAGAAGUUUGAAGAUGUUUUUGAUGAAAUGAUCUAUUUUUUAGAGCAGACUGAUCACUGGGAUAGUACUGAAAUGGAACUUGCUGCUAGAGGAGUGAAAAAUCUCAAUUUUUAUGAUGUUGUUCUGGAUUUUAUAUUGAUGGAUUCCUUUGAAGAUUUAGAAAACCCACCCACAUCCAUACAGAAUGUAGUAAAUAAUCGCUGGCUAAACUCCUCCUUCAAAGAAACCGCUGUGGCUUCAAGUUGUUGGUCAGUGUUGAAACAGAAAAGGCAACAGAUGAAGAUCCCGGAUGGAUUUUUUGCCCAUUUUUAUGCCAUCUGUGAGCACAUCAGCCCUGUCCUAGCCUGGGGCUUUUUGGGUCCUAGAAAUUCUCUCUAUGAUUUAUGUUGCUUCUUUAAGAAUCAAGUUCUUUUCUUCCUCAAAGACAUUUUUGAUUUUGAGAAGGUGCGCUAUUCCAGUAUAGAGACUUUGACUGAAGACCUCAUGCAGUUACUGAUCCGCCGCACCGAACUCCUAAUGGCCUACCUUGGAGCCGAUGCCCUGAGGCACACGAGUAGUUGUCUAAGUACUCAUGGUCAUGUUAUGUCCAGUGGCCUGCUGGAAGCCAAAGUACAAUAAGUACCGUAAAAGUCAGACAAUUUGAGUGUGCUAUGAAAUAUCUCAAGGUAACUAUUGAUUUGUUACAUAUGUGACACAGAAUUGGUCGACCUGGACUCAGGGAGGGAAAAAAAAAAUCUAGUAAAGGAUGAGUGACUGUACUGUACUUACACAGAAGUUCUGUCAUUGAAUCCCUGUGUAGUGUAUCCAAAGUGUCUUUUUAUAAUCUUUAGGUAAUAAUCGUUGUGAAAUGUUGUAUAUUUUACAGAAAUAUUGCUUGAAUUGAAACCAGUACUUGGGAAUUAAUGGAUUUGUCGUCUUGAAGCUGUCUGAAAUGUCCAGUUUCACUCUCAAAAGCUUUGUUUUCGUGCUUUGUACCGUAAAGAUAGAUACUUUAGCCAAGACUUUUGUGGCCCACACAUGCAAGAAUAUAUUGCGCGUAGUGUCAACAAACGUAACUUUGCCUGGAGAUGUAGUUUUACUUGUGAUGUCAUUCAUUGUUUAAUCACGGUCAGGCAGUAGUGGCGUUGAACAUGUGCUGCUGACGUUCCUGCUUGUGCAUGUGCUUGAGUAUUUGAAUCAAAGACACCGUAAUGGCUGAGUAUCGUUAUAAAACAUUUAAAUGAAUUGCCACUGAGAAGUUUAUAAGUUUAUAUUAGAUUUACUGCAGUUCCCAAAAUAUAUUACUGUUGAUCCUAUAAGUUAGACUGAAGACUUUUUCUUUUAUCUUGGUAUACAUGAGAGCAUUUCCCUUCAAUAAAUAAUGGUUAAAAAUAGAACAUUUAUUAACUAUGACAGGCAGUUAUUGUAGUUUUGAAACUAUCUCCCAACCACUGAAGGUAUGAAUCUUGAUACAGUAAAAUCAUUUCUUCUUUCUCUUUCUACAAAACUGGCUUUUAAUUAUUUCCACAGAGAACUUAGCACACUGGGAAUUUGUCAUAUUAUGCCCAUAUUUUAGAAAUAUUCAUACAUUGAAUCUUACAGAGGUCUUAAAGAAGGUUUUUUCUGCCCUGAAUAUAGAACAGAAUAUUUUUUAAUGGUAUAGAAGUGUAUUUCCUGUCCUUCAGGAUACAUAGAUGUGUAUCUAUGAGGUAUAUAAUGAGGUAUUCACAUGAGUAAGGUUCUUCAGAGUAUAUUAGAUAUUUUCAGAGUUGUAUUAAUUUUGUGUCUAAAUCGUAUGCCACUAUUUAGAGUGGCUGACUCAGUAUAUCAUCAGUGGAUUGGAUUUGUUGAUUUUGCUCCUAAAGUAGGCUUUACUCAUUUUAGGAGUGAGUUACCAAGAAGGAUCUAAAAUAUAUUUUUUUAAAAUGUAUUUUUAGAUUAAAGUGCCUAGUUUCUGAUUAAUGAAUAGAAAAUGAAAAGUGGAGGAAAAGCAUAAUCUUUUAAGGUUUUAAGUUUAUGUAUGUAAUAUUAUGUAAUAUUAGUUACAAAAUAGGAGGUUCAGAAUCCUUGUGCUGUUUGCACGUACUGUGUUCUGUAAUGUAUAGGUUACAGCAUUAAACAAUAUGAAACAUUGCUCUAAUAUUUUUUGACUAUAUAGCUCCUUGACUUUUCUUACCUAUAUUCUUAAUUUAACAAUUGGCUGUUCAGAAUUCUUAAUUUUUCCUGUAUUUUAGCUUCUUGUUGAGGUGCCACUGGCCUUGAAUGAUUCACACACAUACCCACACGUGCACGCACACCCGUCCCUUUAUUGUGUAAGCAAGAUAGUUAUUGCUUACGUUAAUUUUCCUGGUUGGGGGGGGCUGAUGGUUUUAAUUCAUGUUUUAGGCUGUGGUUUUAUAAACAAACCUAUAAGGAAACUUAAUUACUUCUUUUAUUUGAGGAAGAUACUGUUUGAAGUCUGUUUUGAAGAAUUGCACUAUUUAAUAAUGCUGCUACUAUGAAAUAACCUGGGGAAUUUCAUCAGAUAAGAUGAAUGACCUUCCAAAAGGUGUUUUUUUCCUCCUUUACACUUCACCUUGAAAAAAAAGUUGCCCAUAUUUAAGAGAUUGGUUUGUCGAAUUCAGUGCUUGAGUUUCAGGUCAGUUCAGAAGCAGCGCUUUAGUAAGAUGCUUUCUUUGUGGCCUUUGACAAGAGACAAGAGUGACCAAAUAGACUUUCAGGGUAGUAAGUACAGAAAAAAAAUCCCUCUCUGUUGUAAGGGGAGAAACUUGACCUUUCUAAAGAAACCUCUCUUAAAAAUGUUUCUCGAAAGAGAAAAAUGUUUCUGAGCACAGAAGAGUACUUAAGGCAUAUGGACCAAUUUCAGUUUGCCUAGAAAUGGGUUUAACAGCUAAAGCAAUGUUUUAAAAAAUAAAAAAGAAGUAAACUAGUCUAGGGCCUUUUAGGAUAAAAUCCUGUUUAGCACUUUCAUGGUAGUAUUAUCAGAAAAUUGCCACUGUUACCAUGAGUCCUACCAUCUGCUUCCCUGUAUAAAUUAUAAGAGCCUUGAAUGAGUCCUCAGAAAAUGGCUUUUUUUCCUCCUAUUUUUUGGAAGGAAAAAGAUAAGUGUUCAGGUGAUUUAUAUUUGGUGAUUUUUUUUUUCUAUUUUGGUUUCUCUACAUUUUUGUUAAACUGAAAGCCUAGUUAUUGAUUCUUGAAGGCUUUAUGGUAUGUUUAUUAAGUGUCAAAAUGGGUUUUUUUAAAAAAGGCAAGUUUUUCGUACUGUUAUAGUCAGCUCCAAAGAACUUUCUCUCUCAUAAAGAAGUAUUUUUUAUUUGCAUCCAUUUAUUAUGUUUCUAUUAAUUUGCUGAAUUAACUGACUUUAUAAAAAAUAUUUACAAGCUUUUUCUUGCCUUAAGAUGUUAGAUGUUCUAUUUAAAUGAUUACCUAAGGGGGGAUUAUUUGCAUUAAAAAGAAUUCUUCUGUUUAUCAUUCCUUUAAACCCGUGAGAUAGGAAUGCCAAAGUAACAUUUAAUAUACUUCUCUGUGACUUUUCAUAAUCAAAAAAUUUAAAUUAUGUUCAUAACAUAAUUUGCUUUUAUUUUAAUGUGAAUGCAUAUUAGGAAAUUAUUUGGAAUAUACAUUUCAAAGUGAUAAGAAUUAGGCUGAAUUAAAAUCUUUUUUUUUUGCUUGGAUUAAUCAAAUUUAGAAAUAUCUCUGUAUGUGAGACUCAAGAAUUUGAUCUGUGAUUAACUGAAAUGAGGGCAUACAUUCUUUGUUCCUAAUGAUUAUGUUAUGUUAUUGUUUUGCUUAGUUUGAGGACAACCACAUAUUAGCUUUACCUGGCUGGUAUCAGUAGAUGUGUCUGUGUCCUAAAUGUAAGGACUGCACUUGUUCUGUAAAAGUGAAACACUACAGUGGCGGAAGAGAAGAGCGCUGGCUCGUUAGCCAGAGUGAGCGCUGUGACCCGGAUGUAUGUCUACUGCUGCCAAAUAAAAGAGUGAUGGUGCA